AUGUACAAAGUCAUAAGGCCGGGAACACCAAUGCAUGAUUUGCUGCAAAGUCGAUUAAAGGAUCAGGAGCAAAAUGGUGAGCAAGCCAUGUCGAGUCUAUCCGAUCCUACUUCAUCAUUAAAGGGAGAACAAACAAAAUCAUCCAUUGAUAAUAUUUCAAAAUCAACAAACCAUUUCUACCUUUUGAUGAACCAACUAAUUUCGUUAUCUUUAAAGAUGUCUCGAUAUUAUUGGAAAAAGAUAUCAUUUGUUUUAUUUGAUUAUGAUCAAUACUAUUUGGAUAAUGCUAUUACAUCCUAUUUAGAACAAUAUUGUUAUGUUUUAGCAAAGGAGAAAUCUGAAAUUUUAUUUCAUUUUACAGCAGAUUAUCUGCCAUCCCUUAUUACAAUGAUGCUUGUAGCUGGCUUGUUUUUAUUAAUUGUAAAGUAUAGAGAAUUUGAGAACUCAUUGUAUAAAUUAAAAAUUUUGAAUGAAAAUACAUGUACAAAUUUGAAACGAAUCAUUAGAUCAAUGAGAUUAUACCACAAGAAAUGUAAUGGUAUUUUAAAAACUAUUAAAGAGAUAGAGUUGACUUCAAGAGGAUAUUUCAUUGACAAUCUCCAUAAUGCACCUAUUUCUCGAAUUGAGAUGAAAACUCCUGAAAGUAUGAUGAAAUGUAAAUACAUGAGGAAAAGUUUGGUAGAUUCUUUAAAGUCUACCAUUCACACAAAAACAAGUGUUCUUUCGUUUUUUGAGAGCUUAACUGAAGAACCUAUUCCACAAAUUUUGGACAUUCAUACAUUUUUGGAUAGUUUAAAUACCAACAGUAUUGCAUCAAUUAGUGAUUUAAUUACUGUAAAUUAUGAUUUGGAUGAAUUUUUGCUUACAACUAUAAUUCACUUUUCUAAAAAUACUGAGAUAACAAUUCAGUUAAAGGAGAAGCUAUUGCAUGAGUUUUCUGAAAAGGGUAAAAUUGGAUCAAUCAGUUUCAAAAUAUUAGAAAAAAUUGAAAAAUUGAAUGAGGUUAGUGAAGAGAGCGAUUUUGAGUAUUUCUCGCAAUAUAAAAAAGAAAUUGAAAGUUGUAUGGAUACUCUCAAAUCAUACGUAUAUUUGAUGACAGAAAAACAACCAGAAGAUCAAUUAAAAAGAACUGAGUCAUCAUUAAUGGAAAGUGUUGGCAAUUUAAAGUACAAGAUUGAGCUUUUAUGUAAAGAGGUUGAGAACUUUUAUUAUCCUAAACUAGAGUCUUUGGAUAGCACUGAUAAAGGUAUUGAUAGCUAUUUUGAGGAAUUUUCAACAAUCCCCUUUAAUUCUGAAGAAAGAGAAACUCUCGAUAGAAGAUUUUAUCAUGAAGAAUCUCUUUCACCUCGUGCUUCCAGCCAAAAACCAUUCCUUAAUAUUGAGAAGAAAGUUGUUAAUGUGUAUGAAUGCGAAAAUCAAAUGCCAGAACCUGAAAAACCUCUCAGCCUUGGGUCAAGAUUUAGAAUGCCACCAAUUAUGCACAAAUCAAAGCUUACUGAAACUUCCUCUUCUGUGAAUAAUUCAACAACUGAAACAGAAUCAAAACCAACGACAUAUUCAAUACCCAUUCGAACUCAAAGAUCAUCUCUCUCAAAUAAUCCUCUCUCAGAUGAAUUGAAACAAGUAGUUUUUAAAAGAAAACAAGAAAUGCAAAUUGUUAAAAACUCUACUGAAAAUAAUCAAGAAUAA